GACUGACAGUGGAGGCCAUGUUGUGGGAUUGUACAAGCAGAGAGAGAUCUUCACUGGUCCUUUUCUAAGAGAAACCAGACCAAUAGGGAGGAUUUAGAUGUCUGUCUCUGGACCACACUCCAGUACAGUAGGUGGUGCUAGUAGACCUACAACAAAAAUCUGCUUAAAACUUCAGAAGAAUAUGUUGUUCAAACUACAACAUGUCUGAAAGAAUGCACUUCACUGCCUGACCUGUGAAACAGAAGAAACAUUCUUGUUGUAAAACAUCAACACAGGAUAAACUGUCAGGAAUAUACAUUCAAUACAUGUUUGCUGUAUUUGGUUUAGAAAUGAAAUAUGUAAUCAUUUAUAAUUUAUGCAAUAUAUUUUAUUAAAAGUAUUUCAACACAAUUUGCUGCCCUGAUGGUAUUAGAAGUUGAACUGUAUAUGUUCCAAGUAGCUUGACACAGAAUGUAUUACUGCAGUGUAAUAUAUCUAACAUGUCAGUUCUCCAUCAUUGUUUCAGCUGAACAGUAUUUACAAAGGGAGAGCCCAGAGGAAAAGAGGAGAAGAGAGGAAUCUGCUUGUUUUCUUGAGAUACAGGUAGACAACAGACUACUAGAAGAAAGAGAUCGACGACUGGAGAGACUAGAGAGUGAAGGUAAAGAGAGAGAGAAGAGAUUGGAAGAGAAUGAAAAACAACUAAAAGAGAAAGACAAGCAGCUGGAGGAGAAAGAUGAUGAACUAAAGAGGAGGCAGGAGGAACUGGGAGAGACAAACAAACAACUAGAAGAGAGAGAACAUCGACUGGAGAGACUAGAGAGUGAAGGUAAAGAGACACAGAAGAGAAUGCAAGAGAAGGACAAACAGCUAAGAGAGAGAGAUGAACUGCUUGAGGACAGGAACCAGAAGCUGGAGGAAAAGGACCGACACCUGGAGGAGGUGAACAAGACACUGAGGGAGAGUGAAAAGAGGAUAGAAGAGAAGGAUUCACUCCUGGAGGAGAGGAAUAAACAACUAGAGGACACAGAGAGCAGACUGGAGGAAACCACAACACAACUGAAGGAGAAGAACCAACACCUUCAGGAGAAAGAGACACAACUGGAUGACAUGACCCAGCAGGUGAGAGAGAAGGAGAGACAACAGGAGGAGCUUAGAAAAGACCUGCAGGACAAGAACAACCAAGUAGAGAAGCUCACAGUCCAACUGCAGGAGAAAGACUCUGAACUGGAGGAGAGGAACCAGAGACUGAGAGAGAAGGAGGGAGAAUUAGAAGAGAGAGACCAACGACUGGAGAGACUAUAUAGUGAAGGUAAAGAGAGAGAGAAGAGACUGGAAGAGAAGGACAAACAACUCGAAGAGAGAGACCAACGACUGGAGAGACUGGAGAGUGAAGGUAAAGAGAGAGAGAAGAGACUGGAAGUGAAGGACAAACAACUAGGAGAGAGAGAUAAAGUGUGUGAUGAAAAAGACAAGCAGCUGAAGGAGAAAGAUGAUGAACGAAAGAGGAGGCAGGAGGAACUGGGAGAGAAAAACAAACAACUAGAAGAGAGAGACCAACGACUGGAGAGACUAGAUUGUGAAGGUGAAGAGAGAGAGAAGAGACUGGAAGAGAAGGACAAACAACUAGGAGAGAGAGAUGAACUGCUGAAGGAGAAAGACAGACAUGUGGAAGAUGUCAAAAAUGAAAACAUUAAACUUGCACAGCAGAUAUGUGACCUGAACACUGAGGUAGAGAGACAGAGAAAUGAGUUAUCGGUUAAAACCACUGAGAGAGGAGAUAUCUCAGAAGCAGGCCCCAAACUACCAAUCAGGAGGAGAGACAGCAUGGAUCCACCUCUAAACAUGGGAGGAGAGACCCCAGAUACAGACCCACCACUACCACAGGAUGAGGGUUCUACUGUGGUCCCUGGAGUCAGGAGGAGACGCAGCAUGGAUUACCCUCCACAGAUGGGGGGAGAGAGCAGCAGUCCAGACCCUCCAGUGUCUCCCAGUGUGUCUGAGCUGAGACUGGUGCUGCUGGGGAGGACUGGGGCUGGGAGGAGGGCAGCAGGAAACACCAUCCUGGGCAGAGAGGAGUUUGGGGCCCAGGACAGCCCCUCUGCAAUCACCCAGAGGAGCAGGAGGAGAGAGGGGGACGUGUGUGGGAGACGGCUGGUGCUGGUGGACACUCCAGACUGGUUCUGCCCUGGACUCUCUCUGGAGGAGAUGAGACAGGAUGUGGGGCUGUGUGUCCGUCUGUCCGCCCCGGGACCCCACGCCUUCCUCCUGGUCGUACCAGUGGAGCCCUCUGAGGGGGAGGAGAGAGGAGCCAUGGAGAGAAUGGAGGACAUGUUUGGAGAGGGUUGUUGGGGACACACUGUCAUUCUGUUCACCCAUGAUGACAGUCUGAGAGAGCAGAGCAUGGAGGAGUUUCUCCAAACAGGAAGUCAGGACCUCCAGCAGCUUGUAGAGAAAUGUGGGAACAGGUACCACGUCCUCAACAUUAAGGACAGGGCCCAUGGCACUCAGGUCCCAGAGCUGCUGCACCAGGUAGAGGAGAUGGUGGCAAGAAACAGAGAGAGCUUCUACAGCAGUCAGACCUACCAGGAGGCAGAGGCCCAGGUCCGAGAGAUGGAGGGAAAGAUUCAGAGGGAGAGAGAGGAGAAGAUACAGAGGGAGGAGACAGAGAGGAAAGAGAAGUUUGAGACAGAGCUGCAGAACUCUCUGAAGAAGAUAGAGGGAGUGAUCCAGGAGCACGAGGGAGACAUCAGAACACUCAGACAUCGAACAUCUGAACUGGAGAGACAGGUGAAAGAAGAGAGGGAUGAGGAGAAGAAGAGAGAGCUGGAGAGGGAGACUGACCGGAGAGAGGAGAUGGAGAGAAAGCUGGAGAGAUUUAGAGAGGAGAGAGAGAAUGAGAGGAGGGAGAGGGAGGAGAGACACAAGCAGGAGAUGGAGGAGUUCAGGGAGAACUAUGAAGGAGAGGCCAGAGUUGAAGCAGAGAGAAACCUGAUGAAGGUGGUCCUACCUGAGCUACAGAGGAGCAUCAUGAUCUCACACACUAAGAUGCAGAGAGAAUUCAGCAGACAGAUGCAGGAGAAGGAUAGAGAGAUGCAGGAGAAGAAUAAAUAGAUAAAUAGACUUCAGCAUAAAAUAAUAGAUCCAAGUCCAUGAAGUCAGUGCAUAGAACAAGUCUUACCUAGUGUCGAACGCCCCUGAAGGAGCAUUCGUUUUGAUGGACUUUGGAGAAACAAUUUUGAAAAAAAAAAAAAGAAUAAUGCUUAAUAAUGAAAAGUGUGCGUUUUGGCAAAUGUGUUUGACUUUGUGCAUACGUAUAUCCAAGUUGUGCAUUAAAAAGUUGUAGAUGCUUGCAUACAUAUAUAAAGGUUUUGCAAUUUUAAGUUUGGUGUUUUUAAGAGGAGUUUUGACCUCUAACAUACGCAUGUGUUUUAUUAGAAAGAAUGUGCAUUGGCAAAUGUUUUUUAAGAAAGUGCUUGCAUAAUAUUUUAAAGAGUGUUAAGAAAUAGCUGGAAAAUGUUUUAGAACCUUUUUUACCUUUUUUGAAUUAAAAAAAAAAAAAAACUUUGUAGAUGUGCAUCUUAAAAUAGAUAUGUAGUAUUGCUAAUGUGUAAAAGUUUAAGACAGAGUGUUUCAGUAUGAUAAAUGCAGAGGAUGUGGUUAGGAAAUGCUUGAAUAGAUGGAACCACAUUUAACUUUUUGGAGAAUACAGGAAACGUGUAGACCGAUACCUGCGUCAAAGUCUAGACAGGGCCAUCACGUGUUAAAAGAAAUGAGAAUGAAAGUUGGGGGGAGAGAGAAGGCUUUUUGAGAGUUGUACUUCGUGAGUCGAGUAGUCGAGGUUGUUAGUUCCUGAGCCUGUUUUUCUGUAGAGUGUCCGCCUGUGCCUAUUUUAGCAAAGAGUUUUCUUUUCUGUCAGUUGUGCUGCUGUUUUACUAGUGACCCAGGGUCCGCGUUUUCCUAUUUUUUUUGUCGUGCCUUAAUCAAGGAGGCUUUAGCGUACCUUUUUCUUUUCCUUUUUUACACUUUUGUAUCUGUUCCAAUAAUCUGCCAAUAAAAAUUUGAAAAGACA